AUGCGGGGACUGCUGGGUAGCAGCUGGAGCAAGUUUGGACACGCUGGUCGGGGGACAUACGAGUGGUUAACUAGCGAGUCAAGCUUACCUCUUCUGGAAGCCCAGCUCGAGGGUGCUCAGAAAAUAAGUUCCACCCAAGAAGAUGUGGAGCCUUUCCUGUGCAUCCUUCUUCCAGCCACCAUUCUGCUCUUCCUGGCCUUUCUGUUGCUUUUCCUGUACCACCGCUGCAAGGCCCCAAGGCCCCAGGCUCAGGUUUUCAGCAUUGACCUUCCAGAGCACUCAGUGGCAGGGGAGGUGACUGACUUCCUGCCAGGCUUGCCUUGGAGCAGCGAGCAGAACUUUCCCUACUCUCCUCUGCCCCGGGAGGCAGCUCUCCCCUCCACAUGCUUACCGCCCUCCUAUGAAGAGGCCACCAGGAGUCUCCAGGGAGGAGAGGCCCCGCAUGAAAGCCUGCAGUGUGAAGAGGGUUCACGAGCACUGGAUGAGCAAAUAUAA